UAUCCAAAAUUAAAGGCUUUACAUCUAUAAUGAAUGGAGAGAUUGCUAAUUUUGAAUUGUCGACAUUUAAUGAAUUUGUUUCAUCUUAUCAAAUCACAACCCUUUUAGCAUCAGAAGUAUUAGAUGCAUUUAAUGAAUUUUUACCGGCUUUAAAUAGGUUUUUUGAUAUUUGGAAAGAUUUGAUGGAAUGUGAUCUAAAUAGUUCAACUAUAUUUAUUAAAUGGUAUGGAUCUGCAGUAAUAUCUAGUGGUGAUACAAUUCGAGCAAUAUCUGAUUGGUAUUGCCAAUCGAUUUUUGAUAAUAUUUCAAUUAACAUGGAUAGUAAUGAGAUUGAAAAUUAUAUUACAUAUGAUAGAAUGUGCUUCAGAAAA